CCAUGUUUCAGCUGGGCCCUGAACAGUGCCAUGGUGAACAGCUGGUGCUAUUACAGGUCCUGGAAAAGCGGGGAGAAGGAUCUCCUCUCCUUCCAGAGGCUGGUAGCCCAGACCCUCCUCCUGCGCCAUGGAACAAAGCCAAGUAGGCAGGGCAGAAGAUCUUCAAUGGCGGUGGCGAUAACUGAUGCCACCAGGUUUGAUAAUUUGAACCACUGGCCCUGCAACACUGGUAGCAGGUACAAGCGAUGCAAGAACUGCGGCGGACGCACAUCAUUUGCGUGUGGAAAGUGUGAUGUGCCACUACAUGUGGAGUGCUUCAAGAAGUACCACACUGAGUAGAACAUGCAUGAAAGAUGAUGGAAUGUAUGGGAAGAAAUAUGUUAUAUAUGUAUAUAU